AUGCCGCGCACGACGCCGUCGAGUCCGUUGUCGCGCGCCACGCCGCCGCUUUCCCCGACGAUCGGUGGCACCCCGAGCCGCCUGGCCGUCGCGCCGGCCUCCUCUUCCACACCGCAGUGCGCCAUCCCGGCCUCGCCGCGCACGCCUGGCGGGGCGGGCACGUCAACCCCGCCGCCGGCCACGCCGCGCACGCCGCGGCCGGAGAUCACGCUCCGGAAGCCGUCGUCGGAGGCGUCGCAGAAGCGCGCACCCGCCGCCGUCCAGAAGCCGUCGCGGGCGCUCCGCGCCAUCCGCGCGCUGUUCCGGUCGCUGCCCAUCGCGCCCGCGGUCUGCCGCCCGGCGUCCGCGCUCCCGCGGCGCUACACAAAGCCGCACGAUGGCCACGGCGGCAGCGCGCGCGUGACUGGCACGUUCUACGGACACCGCCGCGCGCGCAUCACCUUCGCCGUCCAGGAGCGCCCCGGCAGCCUCCCGUCCCUCGUGCUCGAGCUCGGCGUGCCCACGGGGAAGCUCAUGCAGGAGAUCUCCUCUGGCGGGCACGUCCGCAUCGCCCUCGAGUGCGAGAAGAAGUCCAAGAACUCGUUACCACCCGACGGCAACGUCAGCCUGCUCGAGGAGGCGAUGUGGACGGCGUACGUGAACGGGCGGCGCGUGGGGUACGCGGUGAGGCGGGAGGCAACGGAGGGCGAUCUCGCGGUGAUGCAGCUGCUGAGCACGGUGUCGGUGGGCGCCGGGGUGCUGCCGGGGGACGUGGUGGACGCGCCGGCCGGAGCUGAGGCGGAUAGCGAGGUGGCGUACAUGCGCGCGGGAUUCGACAGGGUGAUCGGAAGCAAGGACUCGGAGUCGUUUUACAUGGUCAGCCCGGAGGGGGACGCCGGCGGUGGCACGGAGCUGAGCAUAUUCUUCGUCAGGGUGUAG